UGUCACAAAUGGUGAAUUGCAAAGAUGCAGGGAUCCGCUAUUUAUAAUAACAAUAUCAAUAUCCCUUUGCUCCCUAAAAAAAACCCUUGAUUGCUUUCGCAUAGAAACACAAUACAGUGGAACCUGACUCACAUCAGCAGUGGCAAAUAGCCAAUGCUUGUCCUUUCACUUGUGACAUUUUUCAGAGACCAAAAGUGAAUGAGCGUUAAUAAAGAAUUUUUGAGGCUCCACCAGUUUGUUGACAUGAUUUUCCUCCAUUAGUCCAGCCAUCUAUCCAUCCGUCACCAGGGCAGUAGCCAAAGCAGAGAAGCCCAGACUUCACUCUCCGGCAGAUCCCGAGGCCCAGGCCAGUUGAGCGACAUAGCCUCUCCAACGUGCCCUGGGUCUUCCCUGAGGCCUCCCACCAGUUGGACAUGCCCUGAACACCUCCCCGGGGAGGCUUCCGGGAGGCAUCCUGACCAGAUGCCCAAGCCACCUCAUCUGGCUCCUCUCCAUGUGGAGGAGCAGCGGUUCUACUCCAAUUGGUUCCCAGAUGACACUGCUUCUCACUUUACUCUAAGGGGGAGCCCAGCCACACUAUGAAGAAAACUUGGCCUCUUGUACCUUCAAUCUUGUCCUGUCAGUCAGCUCAUGGCCAUAGGUGAGGAUAGGGACGUAGAUCAACCGGUAAAUUGAGAGCUUUACUUGAUCUCAAAUUCCAUCCAAGAUGAGUUUUUGACAUCAACAGGUUCGACGUAAACUGGUCCUUUACUGGUUUAACGUACUUAAGUAUAACGUGACAUUUCAAAAGAAACCCCAACAUUAACGAUAUAUAGUUGUUCAUGUCUAAAAAAGUGAUUCUGGUGGAAUUGCACAUUUUUGGGUGGCAUUUUAUUGUAGCCAGCCAAAGGCUCACCUGUGUAAUACUCUUGCUACCUAAUCGACAUCUGGUGGAUGGAUUAUCUGCUCACUAUCAUAUUUAGACAGAUUGGAAAGAUGAUAUGUAUGAAAGAUAGAAGCAAAAACAAAAGUGAUUUUAAUUAGUAAUUCAAUUAGUAAUUUAGCCAGAAGCCCGUUCAAAUUUAGAUUUCUCAUUCUCCGUUUAUUUUUUUUUAAUUUUUUUAGCAGUAUGAAUGACUUCAAAAGUUUUGCCAGCAAAUGAGUGGGAGAGAGAAAGUGAGGCCCGUAUUGGGGCUGCAGUGCCUAUCCUUGAUCGCCUCUCGUAACACGCCAAAGAACUUCAAUUCAUCAAGAGAAUGAGAGAAAAAUCAGCAUUUAUUUUUUUUGCAGUCAACACCAAAUGCACACAGCUGAACACUCUGACACAUACACUGCAUUCAUAUACACAGCACCACUCUAUGAACACACACACACACACACACACACACAUAUAUAUAUAUAAAUAUACGCACACAAUUUUCUGCCUCCCUCACACUCCAGUGAUCACAGUCGCAUUGACUGCUGGCUUGCACACAUACACACAAACACAUAUAUGCGCACACACUGAGUCAGACUCACACUGAGCAUCUCUCACACACACACACACUCUGUCACAUACACUGCAGCACAGUGGUCUCUCUCUCUCUCUCUCUCUCUCUCUCUCUCUCCCUCUCUUUUCCUCUCUCUGUCAGCUCUCACCCCGCCUUCUGGUGAGCAGAAAACACUUGGUAAUCCACUGUAUGGGACUGGCUGCUGCUUCUCUUGAAGCACCAUCUUUCAGCUGACUCCUUAUAAGUCUCUAUAGCAUUGAUUUUGUUUUUCUCCCUUCUUUGCUCACUCCUUGCGCUCAUUCCAGUCACCGCUCAGACCGGCGUUGUGUGUUGUUGGGGUUGAGGGGUUGUGUUGUGUUCAGCUUGAGGAAGGAACAUGCAGCAUCCCGGAGGAACAUGUGUGGCGCUACCCAACGUGGAUGCCUGCCCUCAGUUAUCCUGCGCUGCUCUCACCUUUAUGUAUUUACAGCAGGGUAACCAGGACACACCAACACUCCCGGAUCCAUCCAUGGCCCAGACGUACCCGUCAGCCCAGUUUGCUCCCCUUCCCCAAAAUGGCAUUCCCACUGAGUUCACAACGUCGCACCCUCACCCACAUCCGCAUUCACAUCAGCACCCAGCACCUCAAGACUACUCGGGUGUCCAGGCCUCUAUCGGCGACCAUCCACUCAACAUGUACCAGUCCUCGCAGAGCCACAGUGACCAGAAUGGAUCAGACACUGGCAGUCAGCCAGUCACUGGCACAGCCACAACAGAUGAUGCCUCCCAGACAGACAGUCAUCCAGCAACACAGACCGUACCUGAAAACACAGACAGCAAAGCCCAACCCAAAAGACUUCAUGUGUCCAACAUCCCCUUCAGAUUCAGAGAUCCAGACCUCAGGCAAAUGUUUGGCCAAUUUGGCAAAGUCUUAGAUGUGGAAAUCAUCUUCAACGAGCGUGGCUCUAAGGGGUUUGGAUUCGUAACAUUCGAGCAUAGUAUGGAUGCUGACAGAGCCAGAGAGAAAUUACAUGGCACUGUGGUCGAAGGCCGAAAAAUAGAGGUCAACAAUGCAACAGCCCGAGUAAUGACAAAUAAGAAGGCUGUCAACCCAUAUGCAAAUGGCUGGAAGUUAAAUCCAGUGGUCAGUGCUGUCUAUAGCCCAGAAUUCUAUGCAGUACCAGGUUUUCCCUACCCAGCAACCAGUGCAGCAGCAGCAUACAGAGGGACCCACCUACGAGGUCGAGGACGAACAGUCUACAACACAUUCAGGGCGGCCGCUCCGCCUCCUCAUAUUCCAUCUUAUGGAGGUGUUGUUUACCAGGAUGGAUUUUAUGGUGCAGAUAUGUAUGGUGGUUACGCUGCCUACCGAUUUGCCCAGCCUACUGCUGCCACAGCAUCUGCAUACAGUGACAGUUAUGGACGAGUAUAUGCUGCCGAUCCCUACAACCACACACUCACUCCAGCAGCCGCAUACAGCAUUGGUGCCAUGGAGUUAACGAGUGACGCUGGGAACAUCGAAUGGAGGAAGGAUUGCAAGGUUUAUAGUGUGCCAAAAAAUCCACAAUCACCAAAAGGCUGGAGUACUGCAGCUCAGGAAUACAUUCGCCCCGCUGUCAGAUGCCAAAACUCGGAGCCAUGUGGACGAUGUGGGGCUUGUGCUGUCCUCUCUCCAGGCUAGUAUAUACCGAGGAGGCUACAGCCGCUUUGCUCCCUAUUAACAGCACGUCCAAUCAAAACUCAACCUUGCAAACACACAGGAAGAACGUGUGUGUGUGAGAACAUGUGUGCGUGUGUGUGUGAGAGAGCGAAUGAGAUAUGCAAGUGCAAGUUGAAAAGAGAGACAUUGCUGAGGCCUGGGUAUUGCAAUACAUGCAAUUUAAGCAUCAUUUGAGCAUCUCCUAAGCGAGAAAAAUAUAUAAAACUAAAAUGACAGCUGAUAUUUUUCAUCUUAUACCUCAGAUAUUUUGUGCUGUGUAUUUUGAUAUUGUGGGUUUUUAAUUUAUCAAGAUUUAAAAGACAUAUUGUAGUUCAUCAGCUGUAGAGGUUUUGUCCAUGGUACUAAUAGAAAAACUUAGAGUAAAAUUAGACCACAGAGGAAAUAUUUAUCAGAUUGUUGUACACCAAUCUUGUGGGAUAAAAUGUAACAUAUUUUCUUUAUUUAAAGGCAUGUAAUUCCAUGUUUUUUAUUUAUUUGGGGAAAGACAAGUGGGGGUAAAUGAUGCCUUUUUGUGGACAACAGUGUUAAGUUGUGUGUUAAAGAGUGUUUUUCUUUUAAUUAUCCUGCAUUGUCAUGCAGUUUGGGAGUCAAGAAAUGUUGGAGAACGUUGUCAUAGUUACGUUUUAAUGCGCAGGAUCGGCUAAGUCAAAGCAGUAAGAGAUUGUUAAGUCAUUAUUUCUAGAUCAUGAUUUGAUCUAUAUGACCUAUAUGAACUAUAUUCCAGUGGAAGAAGUAUUUUAUUUGUGUAUUGUUUUAUUUAGUCUAGUUUCUGUUUAAUACGUUGAUUUUCCAGACAUAAGUCAAUGCUUUGGGGAAUUUAGUCAUGAGCUCAAGUUUAGAUGCAAACCCUGCUCGUGUUGAUCUCCGUAGGUGAUAGGAAAGCGUGAAUAGUUUAGUCGGUAAGUAAACGAUGUGAGUCAGCACGUUAUUCAGACUGUAGCUUUAUUGACUCAAUAAUGUGGUUCUCUCUUACAUCACGUCAAGCCAAAGGAUCCAGUGGAUAGCAACAUAUCUGGUGUGUUUAUGUGUUUAGUCGAGAUUCUACAUAAAAUAGAGAGGAAGAGGACUGUCAUAGAAACCUGUUUAUGAGUUAGUUGAUUAGUCUGUGAGCUCCAAUAUGAAACUGAAAGAAGAAUCCGUCAGACACGUGGUGCAGUUUGUGGCACUAAUGCUUUUUUGUUCUGAGUAGCAAUGGUCAUUGACAUUUUUAUAGGAACUUCCAAUAUAUUCAUUGGGACAUUGAUGAUUUUUAUAUUGCUGGAGAGAUUUAAAAUAUAUAUUGCAGUGGUUGAAUGCCACUUUGUACUUUUUUUGUGUCCAUGUUUUGGGGUUUUGUUUGCCUUUUUCUUUAAUAUUUAAAAUGAACGGGGGAUCAAACAAAAUAAUCCAACAAUGUAAUAUAUUUGAAUUGUGCAGUGAAAAUGUUCUCUUAUAUGAAACACAUAAUGGUAUAAUGUUUUAGAUUUAGGCACAUAGAUCAGUUGUUAGGGCAAGCUAUAUUCUUUGCAAAGUCAUGUUCUGAUUUUCUUUCCAAAUAAUCACAUUGUAGUUACGCAGUAUACUGUAUAUGCUCAUAAUUGACUUUGUCAAAUGUACUAUUUUGCACAACUUGUAAUUUUUACAUAAAUCUGAGACAUAUCAGUGCAGUAGUUGUACAUUUUCCCUGUCUUUUUUUUCUCAUGUUAUUGUUAGUGACACCUUACUUUUCAAGGCUCUCAACCUUUACUCUUUGAAAAGUAACUGUUUGAAUAUUACACAAUUAUAUACAUAAGAGAAGUGAAUCAAUUGUGAAGAGAUAAUGUAAAUACAAGUUAAUGGACUCAAUCUGUAGUGUAUUUGAACCACGCUACUUGGGGAACGGGAGUUUGGCUAUAGCUACGGUGCCACUCCCUGCACCGCAUUCUGUUUACAGAUGAUCCAAAUUAUUAUUUUGUAUCUAUCAUAAACAACAUAGGGAAAACCCUCAGAUGCACCUCAUAAAAGGCAGCCGUAAAGGUACUUGGCCAGUUUGUGUGCUCUGAGUGAGGAUGUAUGCUCCGAAACAGGACAGCUGAAGGUCUGCACUAUGCUGAAUGUCUGACUCUGCAACUACUUUAUCCAAGUGCUGCUUCCAGUAGGUGUUGUGGUUCAAAACAAGGCUUCCUGCACCGUCAUUGUAUGUGCAUGUAUUAUGGUUCUUCCACUUAUCAAUAACCAUAAAUAAAGUUUUGUUUUCUCAA